CUUUGGCCUUUUGGCCAGCAGUCAUCCAAAUUGAUUCCUGCUGGCCUGUUCCUGCUCUCCUUGUUUCUUGAGGUGUUUUUACAGGGGAAUAUGGUGACCCAGAUGGAGGAUUGAAACAAGCUGUCUGUAUCCCUUGUAAAUCUGUUCUUUCCUCACAGUCAGUGACUCUUGACUGACAGGGACAAGCUGUAGUCUCUGACUGCUUUGUUCUGUUUGACUCGAGGUGCAAGUGUUGACAUCUCACCGGGCAGCCGGCAAAGACUUCCGGCAAAUGAGUGGCACUGAAGAGCCCCGAGGCUGGCGUGAGGCACAGGAAGUGUCCCCACCAAAGAUCUACAAGGGCUUUGUCACCAAACCUGCUGCAGCAACAGCAUGGUCUAAAGGAGCCUUUGCUCUCCAACCUGAGAAGUGGAGCCGGGGCGGUUUGUUCAUCUCCAGUGCUGACCCAGCUGCUGCUCAGCAACAGGAGAUCAAGGAUGACUCCCUGGAGCUACUGAGGAAAAUAGUGAACAUGGAAAAUCCCAUGAUGAAAUACACUGAACUGGAAUAUAUUGGCAGAGGGACUUUUGGAGAUGUUUGCAGAGCACUUGACAAUGCCACAGGAGAACAGGUGGCCAUAAAGAAAAUAAAUCUCCAAGAACUGAGGAAGAAGGAACUAAAAGUCAAUGAACUCAUGCUCAUGAAGACAAAUAAGAAUCCCAACCUGGUCAACUGUUUAGACAGCUACCUUGUGGAUGGGCAGCUCUGGCUGGUCAUGGAGUACAUGGACGGAGGCACUCUGAGCGAUGUCAUCAGCAAGACCUACCUGUCUGAAGACGAGAUGGCAGCCAUCAGUAGGGAGUGCCUGCAAGGCCUGGAUUUUCUUCACUCGAACCACGUGAUCCACCGAGAUGUGAAGAGCAGCAACAUCCUUCUUAGAACCGACGGCUCUGUCAAGCUGGCUGACUCUGGCCUCUUUGCUCAGCUCACCCCUGAGCAGAGUCGACGGAGCUCAGUGGCCGGCAUUUCUGGGUGGAUGGCGCCUGAAGUGGUGACAGGUCAACCAUGUGGCCCCAAAGUGGACAUAUGGUCUCUUGGAAUCGUGGGCAUCGAAAUGGUGGAACGAGAAGUUCCUUACUGGAAUGAAACUCCUGUUUCGGCUCAACUCCUGAUAGCCAGAGGAGGGAGACCAAAGCUGCGGCAGCCCAACCGAUGCUCGUCUUGCCUGCGUGACUUCCUGAGCUGCUGCCUGCAGACAGACGAGGCACGGCGCUGGUCUGCCAAGGAGCUCCUGCAGCAUCCAUUUGUAACAUCAGCCAAGCCCGCGUCCACCCUGGUACCACUCAUCAACGCAGUGAAGAAGGAGAAGAAGAAGAAGACAAGAAUCUAACAGUCAAGAUAUUUUUGCCAUAACCAAGUUAGAGUAGGAUUGUAGAGUAGGACUCUAAAGUAGGAUUAUUGAGUUGUUUUGUAGUAUGGGUUUAUAGAGUAGGAUUGGAAUUAAAUAAAGUUUCUGAAGCAUCAA